CCACACCACACCACACCACACCACCGGCGGCGGCGGCGACCCAGUCGAGAACACGAAGGCGAUGGCGACAGCGCUGAACCGCGGGCUCCGCCUCCUCGCCGCCGGCGCCGAGGCGUCCAAGCCAGCUUCUCGUGGAUUCCAUGCCACCGGCGUGAAGAGAAUGGGAGGGCAUGGCCAUGAUGAGCCAUACUACAUCCAUGCCAAGCACAUGUAUAACUUGCACAGGAUGAAGCAUCAGGGUUUGAAGGUGACACUCUCCGUGCUGGGAGCGGUUGGCAUCGGUGUUGGAGUCCCUGUGUAUGCAGUCAUAUUCCAGCAGAAGAAGACUGCCUCUGGCUGAGAUGAUGCCUCUCGCUGCCUGCAUAUGGAGACUUAUUUUGAGCGACAUUUUUUUGAAGUUAAAAGCUUGGACUUCAUCCUAUCUUGGUUGUUGCCUGAUACUGCAUUUUCUUACCAUAAGUUGUAACCUCGUUUCUUGCGGUUUGGUGUAGGACACGACUUUUCUGUUAAUAAUGUUGUGGCUUGAACUUUCCAGGCUGUGGAGAUUGGGGAAAACUCAGCGCUGAUACCAUUUGUUACUUUUCUGUUUCUUGUCAUGCUUCUUGUGUUGACUGCUGAGCAUGUUUAGCUGGUGUGUUGCCUUUUGAGGUGUCACUUGCUUUUGUAUCAGGAUGCUUACAAUUUAAUGGAAAUUACUGUGUAGU